AUGAAUUCAAACAAAGCUCUUACUUCUCCAAUUAUGGAACAAUGCCCAUCUGCUUACAUGGACGAUCAAGGAAUGAAUAUCAAAAACCAAAUCGAAAUAAAAUGGGCUCUUGGACUUCAGGAUGGAUUCAACCGCAUGACUUCAAAUGAAGCUCUUACUUCUCCAAUUAUGGAACAACACUCAUCUACUUACAUGGAUUAUCAAGGAAUGAAUAUCAGAGACCAAUCUCGAGCACAUCCUCAUGAGAUAGUGACAGUGGUUCGGAAAGCUUUGCAAGAGUUGAACGUGUGUUGGAAAAAAUAG